GACUGUUGUCAUUCGGAGUGCUGGCGAAAUCGUACGGAAGAAGUAACGAUUUCUGUUUCUUCUCAGAAAUUUGGGGAAAUAACAACAUGUCUCAGAAGCAGACGUGGUUUAAGAUCUAAGAAAAAUUUGUCUACUUGAUAAGCGUACUUAAGUUUUAAACAACUGUACGCAGAAUCAAGUCCGCCUCGCUCGAACUCCAGCAACAAGAGGUCAACAUAUGAGUUACUGACAGCUCAGGAAUUGACAUAAAAUCCACGUACAGAGCUCGACCAUGGCGACCCAGACACAGACAGCCCCAACUAUGGAGACUUUCACCCAGUCCAGAAUACCUUUGGUAACUCAUGUGAUAAAUGAUGAAGAUCUGGGUCUUCUACAGGGAACAAAGCUAAUACCAGUGAACCUGAAUAAAAUGGUGAAACUUCUCACUGACCCACAUUCUGCAAUGCUGUAUGACAGACAUGUCCAUGCACUGAAGCGAGUGAUAAGGCAUUACAGCAAGGGAUUUCCUCUGAAGGAUUUAGUGCAGGUGUUCAAGAUCCUAAAUGUGUGUGCAGACAGAGUUGAGGAUCAGCCCAUGUACGAGGAUUCACUGUGUGACAUCCUCAAACUCUGCUGCCUGCCCUUCCUCCAGGAGAAGUCCUCAGACCAGCUGGCCUUCAGGCAGAUUCUCCAGGAGUCCGUCUCACAACUGGGUUAUUUGAUGAGAGUACCCAGUAGUGCUGUGAGACUGGAAAUCUGUAAAACGCUCAACAGUUUUUACUGUGUGAAACAGCAACAACAACAAGUACAGAAUUACAAAGGGACCAAUCUUGAUUAUAACAGAAGAAUUGUAGAGGACAGUGAUAUUGCUGAAACUUUGGUCAAGUCCCUUGCUCUUUUGGAGAAUGAUACAGAUGUGAAGAUUCAGGUGUUGAACGUACUGCAGAACUUCUCAAAAGACUCAGAAAAGAACUGUAAUGAGAUGUUGAAUGGCGGGGCUGCCCAGAGGAUCUGCAGCCGUCUGAUGGACACCUCUGACCCUAGCGGUCAACUCUUGUUCCGCUCAGUGGACGUCCUGUGGAACCUGCUGACCCAUGGAGACAGGGACACUGUAGCUCAGCAGCUGAACAACCUCGACUGUAUCAGCCAGCUGCGAGAUGCGUACAUCUUCCAGCUCACCCAAGGUUACAGCCACUAUGACAGACAGCUCCGUAACGAUCUGCUGGUGAUCGCCUCCCUCGUCGCCUCCCUCUGUCCUCAGGCCCCAUUCAUAGAAACAGGCUUUGCCAAACAGCUUGUCCUCUUUGCAACAUUUCAGGAAGUGAAAAGUAACCAUGUUCUGGUGAAGCACCUGAAGUUGUCUCAGACCCAUGAGGACUUUGAGCUGAAGAAACUGCUGUUUAACCUAUUAGCCAUGUUGAGUCAGGACCCAGCUGUACUGCCAAUCCUGGCAGAAGGUCACCUGAUGCUGGCACUCUUCUCGUACGUACGGGGUAAUGAUGUUCAGACAGGACCCCGGGAGUGGACCCCAGCUCAGUUCGAGGAACUUCAGUUAGAGAGCUUGAGCUGUUUGAGCAGUCUGUGUCCCCUGAUGCUGGAAGAUUACAUGACCUGUCAGGGCAGCACGCGUAUACUGCUGCUCCUAGAGUGGUGUGUUAGUCCAGAUGAAUUUGGAGGCCAUGGUAACAGUUUCCAUGGAAGUGGUGGCCGUGGUAACAAAAGGGCUCAGAUGAGGCACUGUGUGAGGUUGCUAAGGAGCGUGGUAUCCACUGGAGAUGAGAGAGUGCUCCAGGAUCUGGUGGACCAGGGGGCAAUCAAUCAGAUAUCAGGUAUACUGACCAAUGCCACAAGCAGUGAGGAUGAAGACGAUGCCAUUGAUGUGGAGAUGCAGUCAGAUAUGUUAUUCAUCCUCUCCUCACUCUGCGACGGUGACAUGCACAGGAAGGAACUGUUUGGUACUGAGGGUGUGAACGUGUGUGUGGCCUACCUGAGGACGGACCCACGGCUGGUGUCAGGUGGGCUAGGGCAUCACCGCCUGUUGCUGGCCACAGUUGACUGUAUCUGGUGUGCUGUUGUUGGGUGUUACAUUACCGAGGAUUACCUACUGGAGAAGGAAGGUGUCUUCUUGCUGAUUGAUCUUCUACAGUAUUGCCCCAAAAACAUGCACAACCUGAUUGUGGGGUGUUUGUUGGACAUGUGUGAAAACCCAAAGACUGUGCACCAUGUGCUAACCUGGAGGGGCAAGAAAAACAUGUCUGCUGCUCACCUAUUCUGUCAGAUGUGGCGGGAAGAGGAGCAAGAGAUGGGGGUGAAGCGUGAACCCACAGGAGCUAUUGCAGACCUGAACCAGCCAUUGAGGACCAGCCUACAAGAGGAGCUUGGGGUGACACCCCUCUCUGCUCACUGCCCUAGUCAGGCCAUUGUGGAUGUCUCGGAAAACAUGAGAGCCAAGCUGUACUCCCUCUUCUGUAAACUGGGAUUUACAGAUUUGCCAGGACUGGAUGUCACAGAUCAUGUCACACUGACAAUUAUAGAAAAAUACAUGGAGUUCAAGAUGGGCGAGGUGCUCACAGAGGUGAUUGAUGAGCUGGAAGUGGAGAAUGUACGUCCAGUGACGCCAGAUAGGGAAGCACUGGAGGCGAUUUCACGCGCAGUUGAGGACCGUGCUCAGAUUGUGGCCAGCACACAGGAAGAGCUUCUCCAAGCACAGAGCAAUCAGGACAUUAUCGAAGAGCAGGAGUUCUAUGCUGAGAUUCGAGAAAAUCACAGACAGAAGGAAAAAGCUCUGAACGAUUUCACAGAGUUUGUUGCCAGGACAUCCAACUACACUGUCCUAAAGGCUGCAAAAGAGAGACAGGAGUUGUCAGUUGAAGCGUCAAGGAUACAGCCUAAAUUCAGAGACACUGAAGCCUUCCACAGUACAGACAUACAGAAUCUGCAAACUACGGCGUUCAGUGGGCGUCAUGUGAAGGUGGACAGCACACCACCUCACCUGACCGGAGGACCACUGGCCAAGUUUGACCACUCCACAGGAACUCUUCACAAACGAAGGGUCAUAACACUACCUGCUGAAGCCGUCUGAGGUUGCAGAAUUCCUGUUUAGUGUAGAGAGUUUUGAAGUGCACCAUCAUCACAAAAUGUCAUCACACCAACAAAAAUCUGAUGCUUCUCCAGUGUUUUUUCAGCAUGAUAUUUUCACAGACUACCAUGGCAGUUUAUUCGUAGAAGUGUCACGUCUUGGUUUUGAAUAUUACAAAAUGACAAGGGCAUUAUAAAUUGUCACGGUUACCUUACAAGUAAAAUACACUUUAAAAGAGUUACAGUGUAAAUAUUACAGAUUGUCAGCAUUACUGUUUGCUAAGGUUACAACUGAAACAUUACUGUUUGUCAUUGUUACAGUUGAAACGGAAUUGGUUGUCAGGGUUACAAUUGAAACAUUGAUGUUUUCCAGAGUUACAACUGAAACAGAGUUGUGUGUCAUGGUUACAUUUGAAACAUUGAUGUUUGCCAAUUGAAUUGGUUACAAUUGAAACAUUUCCUUUCAUGAGGAUUAUUUGUAAAGUAUUUUAUAAUGUGUGGAGCAGUAGAGAAUGUCAUUGUUAGAGUUGUAUCAGUCAAAAUUAUCAGUAUUGUAUUUUGAACGUUGCAGAAUGUAGAAAGAAUUACGGUGUUGAUUGACAUGGUUACAUUUUGAACGCAGUGGGACGCCCAGGAUAUGAUGCCCAAAAACUGUGAUAUUUUGGUUAAAACUUUUGUGCUAAUGUAGUAAUUUAUACAAUAUGUAAAAUAUAUUAUGUAUGAGAAAAUACAUGCUUACAUACAUACCAUGCUUAUGUUUUUCUUUCUUCACUAUAAAGUACAGAUAAAAGUUUUAAAUUUCACUGUUCUGUCAGUUUGAGAUCUGUUCUUCAUAUUCACAGUGGUUCCCCUCAGCUCUUCCAUUUAUAAGCAUUAAUUUUAUCUCUGUUUGCAGCCUAAAAAGGUAAAUUUGAAGAAUAUUUUUAUCGGAUUGCACAUGUCUAGUAGCCAACUAUUUGGUCAUUCUUGAUGCCUCAUAUCUUGUACAUAUCUAUUUGAAAGUCCAAAUAU